AUGCAAUCAUGGCGCACGGGGCACUGUACACUUGCAGAUAACUUUGUUGGUGUCAUAAUGUCAGAGGCGUACGCCCGUGAGAUACUACGAAGGAAUGUUGCGCAAAUAUGCCAAACUAUAGGAUGGAAUGGUAUAAACUCUACGCCACUUGAUAUUCUAGUACAUGUUUUGGAGAAAUACAUAUGUACAUUGGGCACACAAGCUAAUAGAUAUGCUGAACAAUUCAAUAGGACUGAACCAAAUUUACAUGACUUAGGAUUAGUGUUUCGUGACCUUCAUAUUCAAUUACCAGAAUUAGCAGAUUAUACUCGUUGUGUUCCUCCUGUUCCGCCGCCUGUCAUAACAGAAAAGUUUCCAAAACCAAAGGAAUCUAAUUUGAACUUUCUUAAACCAGGCAGUCAUGAGGUUGUUACAAGACCUAUGCAUGUACAUGAACAUCUUCCCCCUAUGUAUCCUGAAAAAGAACGGGAUACACCAGUUGUUGCAGGCACAGUUGAAAUUCGUCAAAAUGGUAUUGAUAACAUUGACAGUAAUGCAACAUGUACAAGUCCUGAAAUAUCAGUUACAGACAGCCCAGAAAAACCUAAGGACAUAUUUAAAAGACCCAUUGAUCCAGUUUCAUUACCAAAUAGUAAAAGGCCAAGGUUACGAUUGGAUGAGGAAGAACGAACUAGAGAAAUUAGUAGUGUCAUGAUGACUAUGUCUGGGUUUCUGUCACCUGCAAGGGAAGGUAAGCUUCCCGAAGCCAAACCACCCACAAUUAUUACUGAAAAACAUCAUGAGAAACAUAAAGUCAAUUCGCACCACUCUAAUGCAGUGAAAGUACCAAUGCUAGACAAAGAUAAGAAAUCUAAAAAGAAUAAAUUAUUGAAUGGUAAAAUUAUGAAAAGUAAACGGAAAGAUAAAAGUCAUAAAGGUGAAAGUAGUAAAUCUAGGGAUAGUAAUAAAUUAGACAGGUAUCCACCAGGGUAUCCUAUGAAAAGUAAAGAUGUGCAUCCUACUCAUCACAAUCAUGUAACUAUGCCAGCGCCGAGGCCUACACUGCCUCCGAAGCCUACCAUGCCUCCUCCACACGUACCAGUUCCAGGUCCAGCGGCCUUGGAGCCUAUAAGACCUGUAAUAAAACAAGAACCAGUCGAUCCACCUAUAACUCCUCGCAGUUCAUUAAUACCUGGAGAGGAAGCUAUCCCGGUUCCAAGGAAAAUACCUAUCUCAAAAUCACCACUUGUUUCUAAUUCUAUACCUGUUAAUAAACAUCAUACUACAAUUUCACUAAUUCCAGACAUUGAAAUUAAAAAGGAAAUAAUUGGUGAAGAAGAAAAGUUGGCUUCACAGCCAGAUAGAUCAAAAGUUAAUAUAUUUAAGAGAAUAUCGAACAAAUCUAAAGAAGAUAAGAAUGCUCCAGAGGUUGUUCCCGAAAAAAUACAAACACUAUCUGACACUAUGAUCUCAAGAUUGCAAAAUUCACAUGAAAGUGAACCCAUUAGAGUAAAAAGUGAAGAAUCCCUGAUGAACAAUAAUAAUAGUCCUGUAGAUUUGUCAAGAGAAAUAGAUAUAAGAUCUCAUGAAGUUAUUAAUAUUGAUGAUGACUCAUUGGAGGCACAACCAGCUCCACAAUCAAGAGCACUACCUCUAGAACAUAGACCUAGUGAAUUGUCUAUCAACAAGACACUGCAAAUACCAUUUCCCAAAGAAGUACCUAGUGUCAGUCCUAAAAUGAAGAAAGAAAAGAAGCAUAAAGAUAAAAAAGAUAAGGCGGCAAAAUUAGAAGCAAAGUUAAAGAAACAACAACAACAGUUAGCAUUUGAAAUGGUGCAAAUGGCAGAGAAAAAGAAAAUGAAACUACCAAACGAAAAGACGCCAAAAUCAAGUAGGCCAAAGAAUGAAUCAAAACUGUCACAAAUGCCACCUGGAUUCCCAUUUUUCCAUACUAUGCCACCGGGACGAGGUUUAAUGCCAGGACCAGGCUUAAUACCAAAUCCUGGAUUGAUACCUGGUGGUGAUUUUCUUGCUGGUUUAGCCAAUAAUCCAGCUUUAAGAGGUUUACAACCAAAUAUGAUUGGUAAUCCCUUUGCGAUGAGCGGUGGCUCUCCACUUAUACCAGGACCUAGUUUUCUACCUGGUGGUCUUGGUCCAGGUAUACCGAACCAUCUUAUGCAAAUGGGCAACUUCCCUCAUUCAUCUCGGUCAUCUGUGAAAAUACCACCCAUGCUCCGUCGUCCUAGUCUGGAAGUCAUACCUGUAGAAAAUGAAGAGGAAAGAUUAAUGCGUAAGUCACCUAUGACGGGUCGCGAAAAAGACCGUCACGAUAAGCACAAAUCUCCAACCAUUCCAAAUAUUUUACAGAAACAGAAAUCAAAAUCUAGUAAGGAUCAUAAGUCAAGUAUAUAUAAAAUGCCCCCUGUACAGCCUGAUAUCACAAUUGAAUUAAAUCCACCUAAAGUUGAACCUGUUCGAUCUGAACCACCAAGAGAGCCUCCACCACCACCCAGACUACCUUCGCCAGAACCAAAACCACCUACUCCAAUCCCUGAACCUGUUCCCGUUAGGGAACCAGAGUUACAUAAAGUUAAUCCUCCAGACAUUUCCCAAACCAAGGAAAUAGAUAAUUUAGAAAAGAAAAAAGAUAAGUCACAUAAAAAAGAGAAAAGAGAUAAAGAUGGACUAAAAAUGAAAAAGAAAAAAGAUAAGAAGGAUAAAAAUAAGGACAAGUCAGAGAAGAAAAAAGAAAAAGACGAGAAACAAGAAAUCAAAGAUAGAAUAAAAAAGGAAAAGAAAGAGAAAAAGAAAGAAAAAUCAGCAGAUGGCUUGGUACCUAAGCUGACGCUAAAAAUAGGUUCUUCCAACUCGAAUUCGCCAAUGCCGCCGAGUUCCCCUGAUAUAUUUAAGUUAAAUAUAAAGCCUGUUGUAAAAAAAGAAGAAGACGAUUCUUCGCCCGUUAAAGAUGAACCCGUAUCUCGUGAACACAGUAGGUCUCCAGAGUUAGCGCAAAUAUCAGCAUUAGUAACGAGACCGCCCGCCAAACAAAAGCACUCUAAGCAUAAUCACACAGCAGAAUCGGAAGCGCAGGUGUCAUCUCCGCCUGGUUCACCCUCUCGGAAAAAUCGUCCUCCAUCUUCCAACAAAUACAGGAGAAUACUUAUCAAGCCUAUAGCUAAGAAAGGUCAAGGUGAAAGCUACGAAGAAGAUGUUGCAUCCAUUUCAGAAGAUCCACCGACAUCUGCUCCCACACCUGCAACUACGCCCGUAGAAAAACCUACAGGGCCUUUACCAACUCCUUUCUAUCUAGACGAGCAUGGUAAUAAGAUUUGGGUUUGCCCAGCGUGUGGCCAACCUGAUAACGGCUCCCCUAUGAUAGGUUGUGACGGAUGCGACGGUUGGUACCAUUGGAUAUGUGUCGGAAUAACGGAAGAACCGGGUGCAACGGAAGAUUGGUUCUGCAAAUCGUGUCGUGCUAAACGCGCCGCCAUGGUCCUCGCCGGCGUCACAUCCGGCAAAAAGCGCGGCCGGAAACCGAAAGGAGAAAAAAUCAGAGACUGUCAU